AUGCCGUCGGACGCGCCGUCUCCUCCUCCUUCUGACUCUCCUCCCCCACCAUUCAGCGAGACCGAGAGGUCUUUUGACGAGAAGCAGGAUGCGCUGGGCGCGGAGACAAAGGUGGGAGACGACGGCCGUGUCAACAUCACGAUUCGCGAAGUCAACGACCUGCUUGCCCGCCAGAUCGAACAACUCCAGCUGUCACGCGUCCAGGAGAACCAAAUCCAGGCGGACACAGAGGCAACGCUCGCCGUCCCCGAUGCAACAACCCAAGCCCAUGCCCUCCUCGAAGCAAGUCGCAAGUCGUCGCGUGUUCCCCCGCGCCUGAACGUCGUCAUCCAGGUCGUCGGGUCGAGGGGCGACGUACAGCCCUUCGUAGCCCUGGGCCUCGUUCUCAAGACCCGGUACGGACACCGCGUCCGGCUCGCCACGCACGCCACGUUCAAGAAGUUUGUUGAAGAGAAUGGGCUCGAGCACUUCGACAUUGGCGGCGAUCCGGCAGAGCUGAUGGCGUUCAUGGUCAAGAACCCGGGGCUGAUCCCGGGAAUGAAGUCGAUCAAGGAGGGGGAUGUGGGAAAACGACGGAGGGGCAUGGCGGAGAUAUUGCUGGGAUGUUGGAAAUCGUGCGCCGACGCUGAUGAGGUGGACGAGGGACGCGAACAAGAGGAAAGUGGCAAACCAGCAGCACCCAAGAGAAGGCCAUUCGUUGCACACGCUAUCAUUGCGAACCCGCCCAGUUUCGCGCACAUUCACUGUGCGGAAAAGCUGGGUGUGCCGCUGCAUUUGAUGUUCACAAUGCCAUGGUCUCCGACCCGCGAGUUCCCGCAGCCAAUCGCCAAUAUCAAGUCGUCAAAGGCCAGCAGGAGCAUGACCAACGAGAUGAGCUACACGCUCGUCGACAUGUUGACCUGGGAGGGCCUCGGCGAUCUGGUCAACAAGUUCAGAAAGGAGACCCUCGGUCUGCCUAUCCUGUCGCAGGCCGCGGCCACGGACAUGCUCCAUCGCUUGCGCAUUCCGUAUACUUACUGCUGGUCUCCGGCGCUGAUCCCCAAACCGAAGGACUGGGGCCCACACAUCACCAUCGCAGGCUUCUACUUCCUGUCGCUGGCGUCGCACUACCAGCCCGAACCGGCUCUUGCGGAAUUUCUCGCCGCCGGGCCGCCGCCAGUUUACAUCGGGUUCGGAUCCAUUGUCGUCGACGACCCUAAUGGCAUGACCGAACUGGUCUUCGACGCCGUCAGGAAAACUGGGCAGCGCGCCCUCGUCUCUAAGGGCUGGGGCGGUCUCGGGGGCGACGACCUAGGCCUACCUGCCGACGUCUUCAUGCUCGGCAACGUGCCUCACGACUGGCUCUUUCAACACGUCUCGUGUGUCGUGCACCACGGCGGCGCCGGCACCACAGCAGCCGGGAUCGCGCUCGGAAGACCCACGGUCAUUGUGCCGUUCUUCGGCGACCAACCCUUCUGGGGCGCAAUGGUUGCUCGCGCCGGUGCAGGACCUACCCCCAUUCCGUCCAAGGAGCUCACGGCCGAUCGUCUCGCGGACGCCAUCCUCCAAGCCCUCAAGCCCGAGACAUUGACGCGUGCGAAGGAACUAGGCGACCUGAUCAAAGAAGAAAAGGGCACCGAAGUUGGGGUCGCUAGCUUCCAUGCCCAACUCAACAUAGAGAACCUCCGCUGUGCGCUCGCGCCGUCACGCCCCGCCGUGUGGACUGUCCGGACAGCCAAGUCGAAGGGCCGCACAGCCGCAGCGGACAUUAGACUCAGCGCCUUCGCGGCCACAGUGCUGAGCAACGAAGGUCUCCUCGACGUCAACGCCUUGACAACCCACCGCCCGUGCGAAUACCCGAGCGACUACGGCGUCAUGAGCGCUCACGCAUUGGGGCCCAACCCCGUUCUCAGCACGGCAGGCGGCAUCGCCUCCAACAUGAUCCACAUACCGAUCAACAUCGCGAAAGCAUGGGGCGGACUAGUGUACGAGCCGUACAAGGGCGCCAAAGCCGACGGGCUCAGGGGAUUCGGCAAGGGCCUCGGCAGGGGUCUCGGACACUUUCUCUUCCCCCAGCGAGACAUGGUGGUUGGGCACGGUGCGGCGGGCGUCCGUGUGGCGUACGACGCCAUCAAGAGGAAGUUGGGCGGUGAUUCGACGCUCAGCUUCAUCCUCGCGACGCGCUACGUGGAGGGGUUCGAGGACGUGCAGAAGUCGACCGAGGAGGAGAGGGCCGUGGUCAUUGCGCGAUGGAGUGAGCUCGGCCCGCCCGCGCUGAGGGCCACGACCAGGAGGAGUAAGAGUAGGAGUAGUGCGCCUUCGGGGGCGAGCACGCUGGCGACGAGUGCGAGUGCGAGUGCGAGUGCGAAUGUCAGUCCCAGUCCUAGCCUUUCGCGGCUGACGAGCCAGACGAGCACGAAGAGCGCGAAGAGUGAGAACAGGUUGUCGCGGCUGUUCAGCCAUUCGAGGGCCGCGAGGAGUACAAAGAGUGAGGUGACGCUGGUGCGUGAUGCUGCUGCUGGUGAGACGAGCGCGAGCACGAGCACGAGUACGCCUCCUCCGUAUUCGCAUGCGAAUGAGACCGGGCAAAACGAAGGCAAGGGAUCGGCCGGUCCGUGA